CGUCUAAUUCGCUGUUUUCAUAUUUGGCUGAGAGAGACUAUGGCUGAGGAACAGAAGAUAACGUUAGACACAGCACCUCCGGCUCCGGCUCCGGCUCCGGCUGAGACUCUUGCUCCACCUCCGGCUGCAGCUGAGACUCCUUCUCCAACUCCAGCUCCGGCUCCGGAAAAAACUGCUGAUGACUCCAAAGCCCUUGCCAUCGUGGAGAAACCUUUAGAGCCUUCACCAAAGAAAGCUUCGUCUGGUGGUUCGAUCGAUAGAGAUAUUAAGCUAGCUGAUUUGUCAAAGGAGAAGACAUUGGCUUAUGUCAAAGCAUGGGAAGAUAGCGAAAAGACCAAAGCAGAGAACAAAGCUGAGAAGAAGAUGUCUGAUAUUCUUGCUUGGGAAAACAGCAAGAAAGCAGCUGUUGAAGCCCAACUCAAGAAAAUCGAGGAGCAACUUGAGAAUAAGAAAGCAGAGUAUGCAGAGAAGAUGAAGAACAAAGUUGCAGCAAUUCACAAAGAGGCAGAAGAGAGAAGAGCCAUGAUUGAAGCUAAGCGUGGAGAAGAUGUUCUCAAAGCUGAAGAGAUGGCUGCUAAACACAGAGCCACUGGUAUUGUCCCCAAGGCAACCUGUGGUUGUUUCUGAUCUUUAUAAAUUUGCUUUCAAAUGAUUUUUUUCAAACUGUAAAGUGUAAACAUUUCACUCGUUCUCCUAUUCAGUGGCUUUGUUGUAAUAUUUGUUUGUAUAUUGACUUUUUGUGUGAACAUCAGAGUGAGAAAAAAUGUGUUUAAUUGUUCAUUCCUUGCAAA